UGAGGGCUGGGGGACGUGAACAUACUGACGUCUCAGGUUCCCAAUUUGAGUGUGUGUGUGUGAAUCCAAACAGGGGUUAUCCAAUACAGGAUAAAAUUAGGCCGGCCGGGCCUUAUACUGCUGACGGCGCUGGGGUGGCCAGAAAAAGCCCAGAGCGCAAGCCAACGGUGGAAGUAGCAGGAAGAGAGAAGGAUCCCAGCUGAAAUGGCCACCAAACUUGUUGAUCUGGUGUACUGGCGGAACAUGCCGUGGACCGGAGCGGUGUUCACGGGGCUGGUGAUCGGCCUGGCCAGCCUCUUCCAGCUCAGUGCCAUCACGGUGCUGUCCCACGUCUGCCUGGGAGUCAUGAGCGUCACCUUCCCUCUGUGCCUCUACUACAAACUCCUGGAGCUCCUGCGCUGGAACCCCGGGCAUCCCUUCCAGUCGUUUCUGGACUACGACAGCUCCCUGACGGACAAGGAGACGGUGGUGCUGGUGGAGGAGGUGGUGCUACUGGUGGCGUUCGCUGUCACAGAGCUCAAACGCCUCAUUUUCAUUGAAAGCAUCAUCGACUCUAUCAAGUUCGUGGUGCUGCUGUACCUGCUCACCUACGUGGGCGUCUUAAUCAACGGCCUGACGCUGGUGAUCGCUGCUGUGAUCGCCGUCUUCUCUCUUCCUCUCUUUUACAAAAAGCAGCAGGUGCGGAUACGGAGGACCGUCCGAGCAUUCAGAGCUUUCAUGAAGACGAUCAACAACCUGUGCCUGGGUCUCUACGAGUCCGUCAGCCCGUCCCAUGCGCCCAAAGCCGCCCCCGCAGCUGCACCGGCCCUCAAACAGAAAGCUGCCAAGUCAAAGUAGCUCCUCGGCCGCGCGUUGGGAGCAACGGUGGGAUCUGGAAAAUGUUGGAAUGACGCGCGCGCUCCGCGGGGCCGCCGGUGGAGCUCGUCUCCAUUUCUGCACGAUGUUUGUUUGUGGGAGCGAGAUUUUAAUCUGUGCUGACAGCCGAGACAAAGCUGUCGUUCAAGCCGAGGACGGGAGGAAUGUUAUUUACAGGCAUGAUUUCUGUUUAACAUACGCAGUUCGCACAAUCAUCGACUCCACACCGGACCCCGUUUGUCUGCUCUUUCAUAACGGCUCUAUUUUUUACAUAACUCGGGAGCACGGCGUUCCCGCAGAAUUAUUCACGACAAAGCGACGGAGCGUUAUUGGCGCUUCCAUUAUCUGGCGUAAUUUAUUUUUGGUUGAAUUGAAUCAGAACGAUGAUGUGUGAUUAACGUUAAAUGUGCCUCAGCAGAAGCACUUUCAAGAGAUUUACAUGAGGAAUAGUGGGAGCACCGUCCUCAUCAGAGUAAUUGCACAUAAUUAGGUACAAACAGUGAAUUCACGGUGGAGGAUGUGAGUAAGAACAUGCAAUGAUGUUGAGACUCACCCUAGAACUAAAACAUCUAGAACAUCUGCUUCUGGAUCUGCUUUUGCAUAAAGUUAAUUAAGUCAUCCUGAUUCCUUAUGCUUUGAAUUUAGAAUGUGUAUUUGUUUAAGGUUUAUGGAGCAUUAAAAGAAAACUCUACUAAUACUUUAGUUACAUUCACAUUUGGUUUGAGACUUAUGUCUUAAUGAUUUACUAAUUAACUCUCUAUCUAUACAAGAAACUAACACCUUCACCCUUCAGUUACAUAAUUGUGUGAACUGCUCAGGCAGAAUUCAUUUAACUCAAACUCAUCCUCACGUUACUUAACAUCAGACCCAGAGUGGAGGCUGUAGACGUCCUUUUUGUGUGGCUGUGUCUCACUUCCAUAAACAAACUGACAAAUUCAACGUCACCACCUGCCGCUGACAGCUUGAGAAAAGUGCUGGAGGGACGGUUUGACAUGCUGCCACAUCAAGACCCGUUGACUUAAAAUUAGCUUUCUGAUAGUUCUCCUAGUCCACAAUGCAAAAGUUCAAUAUUCCCAAUGACACAUUUCCACCACAGCUCCAACAUUUUCCAAAUCAAUUUCUUAACUGGAUGCAUUUUUUAAUGACGCCCAGCACAGACACAGCCGCUGUGACUCGACAUGAGGAGCAGCAUCAGUUCCAUCCUGUCACUGAGGAUAAGACCAAAGAAUGGAUGAGAAAUUUAAAUGACGCUAAUAAUCAUCCAUUUCUUUAACGGACGUAAAAAAAUGAAACACUAGCGAGUUCAAAUUUCAGGUCUAGUUUUUCUUUAUUUUGACGAAUGAAUAGCUUUAGCUGCUAAAUCUGAGCCAGUAAACUGUCAGAGUUUGUGCCGUUCACUGCAGCUGUUUCACUAGUGAGAAACUCUAGUGGUUGGUGUUUCAGAACUUACUAAUACUAAAAUGUCUUAAUGAACUCAACUAAGUUACGUUUACUAGGUUUAAGCAGCUCUCAGGUCCAUGACACCAUGUGCAAAGAGAGCAUCAAUAGGUUCAGAAAAUAAAAUUAAAAGGCUGCGUUUUUAGAUCUGCUAAAAACUAAUACAAACUAUUUUAGUAAGAGUAAAAAGGCUACUAGAUUUUUUUAAAACAGCUCGAACAUUUAAAAAAAACAUUGCAGAGGUCAACAGAAAAAACCCUAUUAGUUUAUAACCACAUAUCCUGAAAAAUAAUACCUGAAAUUUGAGUGAACCGACUUUUGAUGAUGCACCGACGCAACAGAUCAAUCACUUUGGCACCAGGUCACAAUGAAAGCAUCAGUGCAUCAUCAGUUUUGCAGCCCACAUUUGGUGAUUAAUAUGUAACCAGCAUCUUUUUUUUCUACGACUUCAUGUGCAAAACUAAAACUUUUAAAUCUGGGCAUGACCUCCUCUCUGUUCAAAGUUUACUUAUUUCUUGGUAUAAUUGUAUUGUUAUUUACUACUGUUUUGUUGCUGCCCAAUAAAAAAAGUUAUGACGUAA